AUGUCGUGGCGUGAACGUGAUCUGCAGUAUCAACAACCACCCAGAAGACAGUCGACUGCUGAGUACAAUUUGAACGGUGGUCGAAACGCGUUUCGUAUGGCAAGCGCCUUCAGCGAGGCUUGGGAUGCAGCUGUUGAUCGAUGGAAACUUGAAGAUGCGAUCGAUGCGACCGAAAUUCUACGGCAGCAUUCAGCGAUGCGAUCGUUCACGGAAUCUGUCGAUUCGGACUUGCCACCCGCACCUGAACUGCCGCAAAGUCUGGACAUCGAUUAUCAAUACCCGACACCGUCGAUGACUGAAAGUGACACUGGCGAUACAAUUGUAGAAGUGGUGCGUCAAUUUAGUUUGAGCAUUGUCUCGAAAGCACCUGAGGACGAUGCUACCACGACGGAUUACGACAAAACGCUGGGUGCAACUCAGAAAUACCCAAUGAUGGUACCUGGACCAGGUCAUGCUGAUGCUGAGCAGGAAAUGCACGAGAGUCUUCUGGCGAAGGAGGAGGAAAGCUCGGAGAGUGAUCUUGAGGUUCGCGAACAACUAAGGAACGUCGAACAAGUCAUCACUGCUGCUGCGCGAAAUAGUGGUGCUCCGAGAAAGGCAAAAACGAUAGAUUCUGAUCACGAAGCGUUACGACGUGGAUACUCGGUGAGCGUCAUUCAACGCCCUCGUCCCACAACACCCACUUCGUGGUGUGCCAUCGAGAACUACGUUGAAGGCUCGUCGACAACAGUCUCCACCACUCACGAUCGAAGCGUACCUCCUGAUGCUGGCGCUAAAAUACGAGUUAGCAUACCGCAAAGAGAUGGAGCUCGGCCAGGUCAGUCGCAUUGUUUCUUGUUAAUCUGA